AUGGAGCUACUGGGGAUUUUUGUAGCUGUGGCCGUGCUCCUGGAGGCCGUCUCUGCUGCUUCGUUGGGGGUGGUCUACACGGAGGGCGGCAUGGUGGAGGGAAAGAACAUCCGCCUGGGCUUCCGCAGACACAUGGACGUCUUCAAAGGAGUUCCCUUCGCUGACAUCCCAGGACGCUUCGAGAAACCCAAACGUCACCCGGGCUGGGACGGUGUGUUGAAGGCUAACGAUUACAGAGAGCGUUGUCUUCAGGUGAAUAUGCUCAUGAGUGACACCAGAGGGUCUGAGGACUGUCUCUACCUCAACAUCUGGGUCCCUCACGGCCGAGACGUUUCCACAAACCUACCCGUGAUGGUGUGGAUUUACGGAGGGGGGUUCCUGGCGGGGGGGUCGAUGGGGGCAAACUUCCUGAGCAACUUCCUGUACGACGGUCAGGAGAUCGCCGACAGAGGGAACGUGAUUGUGGUGACGCUGGGAUACCGAGUGGGAACGCUGGGAUUCCUGAGCACCGGAGAGUCGGAUCUGCCUGGAAACUAUGGUCUGUGGGACCAGCAGGCCGCCAUCGCCUGGGUGCACAGAAACAUCCGCUCGUUCGGAGGAGACCCCAGCAACAUCACCUUGUUCGGAGAGUCUGCAGGGGGCGCCAGUGUCAACUUCCAGACCCUGACGCCUCACAACAAAGGGAUGAUCCGCAGAGCCAUCUCCCAGAGCGGUGUGGCCCUGUGCCCCUGGGGAAUCAUCAAGAACCCACGCAGGAUCGCAGAGGAGGUGGCACUGAAGGUGAACUGCCCGACCGACAGCAGGAUGGCGGCAUGUCUGAAGAUGACUGACCCUGCGCUCCUCACGCUGGCCGGCAAGCUCCACGUGCAAGGCUCUCCUGACAAUCCCAUUUUGCAAAACUUGGUUCUUUCCGCGGUGGUGGACGGUGACUUCCUUCCAGAAGAACCCUCCAAACUCUUCCACAACGCGGCUGAGAUCGACUACAUCGCAGGAGUCAACGACAUGGACGGGCACCUGUUCACGGGCAUGGACAUCCCCACCAUCAACUCCAUGGUGGUGGACACUCCCAUUGAAGACUUGAAGAGGCUGCUGGGUGCGUACACCGCAGAUAAAGGAAAGGCUGGGAUGGAGGAAGCUUUUAACACUUACUCUUCUGACUGGGGCGCCAAACCGGAUCGUGAAACCAUCAAGAAGACCGCUGUGGCCAUCGGGACCGACUACAUCUUCCUGGUGCCAACUCAGGCUGCUCUGUACAUGCACGCUAAUAUUGCCACGACUGGCCGCACUUACUCGUACUUGCUGUCAGAGCCGAACCGUCUGGGGGGUCUGACCACGCCCUACCCUCGCUGGAUGGGAUGUGACCACGCGGACGACCUGCAGUACGUCUUUGGGAAGCCCUUCGCCACUCCCCUGGGCUACUGGCCCCGGCACAGAUACCUGUCCAGAUACAUAAUCGCAUAUUGGACCAACUUUGCAAAAACUGGGAACCCAAACCAGGGCGACUCGGAGGUCCCUGCCACUUGGCCUGAGUUCAAGAGCGAUGGGCAUCAGUACCUGGAGAUCCACCACAACAUGGACAAAAGCUACGUGCGGCAGAAGAUGAGGAUGCGUUACGUGCACUUCUGGAGCAGCGUCCUGCCCAGUCUGCCCAGCCUCAAGACUGAAUAA